UGAAGGGCGGCGCUCACCUGCCCGCCCCGCCGCCACCGGGAGCGGGGAAGGGCUGGGGGGGGAAGGCGGAGGCGAUGGCGGCCACCGACCCGCCGGGCACCGGGGACCUCUCGCAGCUGGCGGAAAAUCUGCUGCAUCAGCUGCAGGAGAAUUUUCAAGCUCUGGCUGAAAAGAUGACGCUGAGAAUGGAAGAAAUGGGUGAGCGCAUUGAUGACCUGGAGAAGCACGUUGCUGACCUGAUGACAGAGGCGGGGAUCGAAAACACCGAGGAGGAGCUGAGACACUGAAAUGAGGAUGUGAUGGAGAAAGAUAAAGGGAGAAGAGCAGCGCACGCAAUUUGGGAGAUGACAAUCACUCUCCUGUCAGUGAAAACAAACGCUCUUGCAUCACGUCGCAAUAGAAUCCAAAUUUAUUUUUUCUAAAUUAUUGCCUCAGGGGGGAAGAAAAAAAAAAAAAAAAAAGCAGAAGGCUGCGUUCAUUCAUUCAUCUAAAUGGGACACUGUAUUUCCUGUAGUUGGGAAAGAACUAUUAGUUUCAGGGGAGAAAAAAAAAAAAACAACACUAUUUUGGAUAGAAAACUAUAGCCCACAUAGUGAACUUAUCCGGUCACACACUUUUUCAAUGUAUGAAAAUGUGUUUCAGUUAAACAUUAAAAUUUUCCUCCUA